AUGCCCAGCGCCACGGGCCAGAACUGGGAGAAGUACAAGAAGAACUUUGCAGAUGACGAGCAGGAAGAGAAAAAGAUCACACCGCUAACAGACGAGGAUAUUCAAGUCCUCAAAACCUACGGUGCUGCUCCCUAUGCAGCCGCUUUGAAAAAACUCGAAAAGCAAAUAAAAGAGAAGCAAACAAGUGUCAACGAGAAGAUUGGUGUGAAGGAAUCUGAUACUGGACUCGCGCCGCCACAUCUCUGGGAUGUUGCUGCAGAUCGACAACGGAUGCAAGAAGAGCAGCCAUUACAAGUUGCACGAUGUACAAAGAUUAUACAAGAUGAGAAGGAUCCAGAGAAAAGCAAAUAUGUCAUCAAUGUCAAGCAGAUAGCCAAGUUCGUCGUGAACCUCGGCGAGCGAGUGAGUCCUACAGAUAUUGAGGAGGGCAUGCGCGUUGGUGUGGAUCGAAAUAAAUAUCAGAUUCUCCUUCCUCUGCCUCCCAAGAUCGACCCAAGCGUUACAAUGAUGACUGUGGAAGACAAACCCGAUGUGACAUACGGAGAUGUUGGAGGAUGCAAGGAACAGAUCGAGAAACUUCGGGAAGUCGUUGAGAUGCCUCUACUUUCACCGGAGCGAUUCGUCAGUUUAGGAAUCGACCCACCUAAGGGAGCACUGCUCUACGGCCCACCCGGUACGGGAAAGACACUCUGUGCCCGAGCCGUAGCCAACCGGACGGAUGCGACUUUUAUUCGGGUUAUUGGCAGUGAACUUGUUCAGAAAUAUGUUGGAGAGGGAGCCCGAAUGGUGCGGGAGCUCUUUGAGAUGGCCAGGACCAAGAAGGCCUGCAUCAUUUUCUUUGACGAAAUUGACGCCAUCGGAGGGGCGCGUUUCGAUGAUGGAGCAGGAGGAGAUAAUGAGGUACAGAGAACCAUGUUGGAGCUGAUCACUCAGUUGGAUGGUUUCGAUUCCCGAGGAAAUAUCAAGGUCAUGUUUGCUACGAACAGGCCGUCCACUCUGGAUCCAGCCUUGAUGAGACCUGGGCGUAUUGACCGGAAGAUCGAGUUCUCCCUUCCAGAUCUGGAAGGACGGGCCAACAUCCUCCGCAUCCAUGCCAAGAGUAUGUCAGUUGAGCGAGACAUCAGAUGGGAGCUUAUCUCUCGACUCUGCCCCAACUCCACUGGGGCAGAACUAAGAAGCGUGGCAACUGAGGCUGGAAUGUUUGCUAUCCGGGCACGGAGAAAGGUUGCGACGGAGAAGGAUUUUCUAGCUGCAGUCGACAAGGUGAUCAAGGGGAACCUGAAGUUUAACUCAACUGCAACAUAUAUGCAGUACAACUAG